AUGGACAAGACUUCGCUCGUCGAUUUCCCCCCUGAGAUACAGGCGAUGAUAAUGUCUCUCCUCGAUCGACACGAAUUGGCCGCCAGCGUCCGCGUCAGUCAAGCCUGGAACAAGGCAUUCACCCCUCUUCUCUGGCGUCACGUCGAGGACCCGCUGCAGGAAUGCAGGAGUAGGAGCGCGGCCUAUAUGGCCGCCCUCAAUGGAGGUCUGAAGCGCAACGGUGCAUUUAUUCAGACCCUCCGUCUUGUGACCGACACGCUCUACAUGGACUAUUUUCUGGAAAUGUGCCCCCCGACUUUCCCCCUGUUGACGUCGCUUUGGAUCGAUGGCGUGAUCAACGGUGACGAGGACGACCUUAUCGCCCUUCUUGACCGAUGCACCGCAGGAUUGAAGAAGGUCAUCUAUUGUCUCCGCGACAAGAGCUGGGGGUGUUUUGAAUUUGAUACCGCGUCCAGCGCACUUAUCAAACACGCUGAUACACUUGAAGUGUUCCGUUUGGAGGGCGACUAUGUCAGCGGCGGAAAACCCAUCAAUCGACUACUGUGUUCGCUACCCAACCUCAAGGAGUUCUGCUUUCAUGGUGAUGGAACGGUUGGUCGUGGCGGCGCCUUAGACGCCAAUGAGGUUGCGAAGUCGGACUGGGUUUGCUCGAACCUCGAGGUCUUUGGCUGUGAGAUUGGCAACAUCCCCCGACCGGACAUCACCCGCAAGAUUGACGGCCAACCUGCAAACGAACGGGUCAAGAGCGGGACACCUCAGGAGAGCAUGGAUCUUCAACGUCAAAUCUACGCCAAGCUCGCCAAGUUCACCAAACUGCGGAAGCUGUCGUUAGGAUUUCCAGGCACCUUAUCGACGGGCAACAUGAAUAACAUCUUGCAAUUCGACUGUCUAGCAAUGACUCUGGAGAACGGUCUGGAUCUGCUGAAGGACCUCAAGGGACUGGAGGAGGUUGAGCUGUACUAUUUGGAGUUUGGCAAUCGCGACUAUGUGGAAGAGGAGGAAUGGAUGAAGGCAAAUUGGCCAAAGGCAUUUGUCGGACGGUCAUAUCACUUUUCGGAAAUGGCCACGGAUUCGGAAAACGACACGGAUUCGGAGGACGACUUUGACGGAGCUUGGGGCCCCUAUGGAGAUACAUACGUUGGGUUUGAAUCGAGUUCUGAGCAUAACUCUGACUCUGACUACUUCUGA